GUAGCCCCCUGCUGAUCAAGCGCGACUUGUUGCUGACCCCGACUCAACAGACUGCCGUUCUCUUUGCCCAGUGCAUGAGCGAGAAGCUGCCAAAGCCGGAAGGCAUUCCGCCGGAAGUGAGGAGGUGGAGUGAUUUCAUCGGAGGGAAGCCAUUGUGAUGUGCUCGCGUUGCUGUUUUUGCCAAAUUUCCCCCCAGCAAGGUGUUCAGCGAGUCCGGCUGGCAGCUGAUGCAUUACAUCCUUGGACGGCCAUCAUAGAGAGAGACUACCAGUACCCCGUUUCAACUGUUGUUCAUCGGCCCAUCGCAUCUGCCAUGGCUUUGCUUCAAAUUCCACCGCCAGGCCAAACUUUAAAUUUUUGUAGGACCUCACGUCAAGGCAUCUUCUGUCUCUGCACCCACUUUCCUUCGCGCUCUCCCCACCAAACAUGCAACGGUAACCCUUGUAGCAGCCGCCGAACAUGAAAAAGGCGUUCUCCGCGCGACGCGUGCCCCGCAAGAUCGGUUCAGAGGACGAGGAUGAGCCCGCGAGAGCAACAGACGGAGGAGAAGAGCCGUCAGGAACCUCAUUGAUCAAACCCUCGACCAAAGCGCGAAAGGGUACGCCGUUGCGAGCGUCCUUCAACCCCGACGAUGCGGAUGAUGAACAAACGGGCCCCGCGGGCAUCAGACCCCCGAAACGCUCGAAUCUGUCCCGACUGGCGAUCCAGCGGAAUGCAUCACAGCGAUCUUCACUCCUCCCCUCGAAUCUCCCCACGCGCUCGGCGGACGAAGAUGAAGAUCGGCCGUCGUACAAUGCGGCGUCGCUGCAAGAGCUGAAGGAGAGCACGCCGUCUACACCGCGCGACCUCACAACAGACGCGAGCAUGUCCGAUGUGGACGAGAUGGCAAGCGGGACGCAAGCGCUCGACAUAACGUCCAAAUUCGGGACUUCGCUCUCGCGAUAUCAGCAGCCUUCUGCCAUUCCUUCGGCCGCCGAGAUUGCGGAGAAGAAGGCGCGCAGGGCACGACUGGCGAAAGAGCAGGCUGCGGAAGAGUACAUCUCGCUCGAUCCUGAUGACCCGGAUCUUGACAACGAGGACGAGGAUGAUCCGAAUGUCAUGCGCGACGACUACGGCCGUCUAGUGCUCAAGCCGAAAGACAAGUACAACGAAGCAGAAAGCCGGCUGACGCACGACGACGAGGACAUGAUGGAGAACUUCGACGAGUUCACCGAAGCAGACGGUAAGAUAGUCAUGGGGCGCAAAGCAGAGGCCGAGGCGGCGAAGCGGCGGAAAGCAGACAUGGCGGCGCAGAUCGCGGCAGCGGAGGGCGGCGCGGCCUCGGACUCCGACUCGGACGCCAGCGAGCGCGCGCGCAACGAAGCCUUCGAAGCGGCGCAGACUCGACACGGCACGUACGGCUCGAAGAGCACUUCUGCCGACCCUUAUGCGGACGUGCGGCCGAAGACGCCCCCUGUCAUCUCCCCGCUGCCUACUCUCGACGGCGUGAUUGAGCGGCUGCGAAAGCAAGUAGCGGAGCUGCAGAGCGGGCGCAUGCAACGUCUGCAGGAAAUGGAGGCGCUACAGCGGGAGAAGAUUAGAUUGGGGGAAGAAGAGAUUCGGAUUCAGCGAGCAUUGCGGGAAACGGCAGAAAAGUUUCAACAGCUGCGAGCAGAGAGGGGGAUUGCGGAGCCUCGAAGCGAUGGUGUCGACGGAACGGAGGCGUCGACGAGUGUGGAUCUUGUCAACGUUGCUUCGAGACUGGUGGGAGGCCCUCCAGAUUCCGGCCCCUGGGACAGCGGAGCGAGCACGGAUGUGGAGAAUGCUGGCGAGGUGCGCGGUGGGUUGGGGUUUGGGAUGUCGAGGGGAGAUCUCGACGACUGGGGUAUGGGGAGCACCGCGAAUGGCAGUAGAGACGAUGACGAUGGCUAGCGGCAGUUACAUGCAACGAAUCUCACGAACCUAGACGUGUCAAUCAGCG